AUGACGAAGUUAUUUUUGUUGGGUGUUAUUCCCCUCUUUCUUCUCCGCUUCUGCUGCGGAUGUAUCCACAGGGAAAGGGAAGCUCUUCUUCACAUUAGAGCCGUCUCAAAUGACUCUUCUGAUCGCUCUCCCUUUCUUCCUGUGUAUUCGUGGGACGGCAUAUCCUGCAAUAACACCACGCAUCAUGUAGUCGGUGUUGAUCUGACAGAGCUUUUUGAUCUGCCGCGUUUGGUGGAAGGAGGCAUCAUAUGGCCGAGCUUGUGCGCCCUCACUUUUCUUGAAACCGUAGACCUCUCUUGGAAUAGAAUAUCGGGUACUCUUCCUCCCUGCUUGGGAAACCUCUCCUCUCAAACACCUGGAUUUAAGCUAUAA